GCGGAAGUGAGGUCAGCGGCGGGACGGAGGCAGAGGGACGCGUCGCGGAGCCGCGGUGGCGGCGGCAGCGGGUUUUAUACCCGCACAUCAAUUAUUUAACAAAAAAUGUCGGAUGAUUUGUACGGCAAGUUCCUGGCACCGGAUGAGCCAUUUCCCUUGAUACCCCAGAGGGGGCACACCAGUGAUGUUGCCAGUCUUGAUGUCAGUGACUUUGGAUGCCAACUUUCAUCGUGCCAUAGAACUGACCCACUGCACAGACUCCACACCAACAGAUGGAAUUUGACUUCCUGUGGAACGAGCGUUGCCAGCUCCGAAUGCAGUGAGGAGCUCUUUUCCUCAGUUUCCUGUGGAGAUCAGGAGGACUGCUACUCUCUGCUGGAUGAUCAGGAAUUCACUCAGAAUGCAUCCUUUGACCUCUUUCCAGAGGGUAGUGUCUGCAGUGAUGUGUCUUCCUCGAUCAGUACCUAUUGGGAUUGGUCGGACAGUGAAUUUGAGUGGCAGCUGGCUAGCAGUGAUUUUGCCAGUGGAAGUGAUGUCUUGUCUGAUGUGGUUCCCAGCGUCACUAGUUCUCCGUGCCCCGUUCUAAAGAGAAGAAGUAAGCAGCACAGAAGUUUGGAUGAGCUUCCGUGGAGUGCAAUGACCAAUGACGAGCAGGUUGAAUACAUUGAGUACUUGAGUCGUAAAGUUAGUACAGAAAUGGGACUCCGGGAGCAACUUGACAUUAUUAAAAUCAUUGACCCAAAUGCUCAGAUUUCACCCACAGAUAGUGAAUUUAUAAUUGAACUCAACUGUUUGACGGAUGAAAAGUUAAAACAGGUAAGGAAUUACAUUAAAGAGCAUGGUGCCCGCCAGCGAUCCGUGCGUGAAAGCUGGAGAAGGGGUAGUUACGCCGGCUGUGGGGUCGGCGGCCUGAGUGGAGCCAGCAGCAGCAGUGGGAGCCUGGUAAGUUCAGCAAGCAGCAGCGGAUCCAGCGGCAGCAACUCCGCGUCAGCAUCAAGCGCCAACAUGAGCCGAGCUCACAGUGACAGUAACCUGUCCACCAGUGCUGCUGACAGGAUAAGAGACUCGAAGAAGCGAUCCAAACAGCGUAAACUGCAACAGAAAGCAAUGCGUAAGCGCCAGCUGAAAGAGCAGCGCCAGGCAAGGAAAGAAAGAUUGAGCGGCCUUUUCCUGAACGAGGAAGUGCUCUCCGUGAAGGUGGCUGAGGAAGACCACGAAGGAGACGUGGACAUAUUAAUGUGACCAAAUGUAAAAUAGCAAUAUAGAAUUUUAAAUAUAGUAGAUUAUGUAACCGGUGGAAAAUCUGGAGCUGAAAGUAGAGACAGAAGCUAAAAGGGGCUGAUUUCUGUUUACAAUUUAACAUUGUGUACUUCAUUUUGUGUUUUCAAAACAACUUAGUAAUUAUUACAGCUGCUGAAACACUAAUUUGUAUAGAAAAUGUUAAGUGUAGUUCAGUCUGUAAGAUAUCCAAAUGACCUGGCAACAAGCAGUAUGCUUUUGAAAUCUUAUAUAUUCCUAUAACACUAACGUGUGCACUAUUUUAGUAGAAAUAUAUUUCAUUUUUUGUGCUUUACUGUGGUAUUUGAAAUAUUGCCUGUGGACUGUAUAUAUAGAUAUUAUAUAUCAGGAUAUUUCAUGUUUUCUUACAAAUAUUGUUCAAAUCCAAUGAAAUUUGGAAAUUUGACGACAUUUGUCAAUGACUCACUAGUGCUUUAUUACCUGAAUUGCCAAAAUGCAUGAUUAACCCUGUCAAAUUUUGCCCUAUUUUAUUGAAAUAUCCGUUGCAUUCUGGUUACACAUUUUAUCUAAAUUGGAUCAGUUUGCAAGAAUUAGGAAACUAAUUAUUUAUAGGGAUAAAACACACCUUUUUUAUAUUAAUAGAACUGACUUGGAUAAUAGAAUUGUGUUUUAAAAAUGAGGCUGCUUUCUCCAGAAGCAAGAUUUUGGUUUUCUCAUGACUAUUGAUCUUUAUUGUAAGCAGUGAAUAGAAUUCAGAGUUGCUUCUUGUAAAAACAAAAUGCUGGUAUUUAUUACAGAACUGUUUGUAGUGCUUAAUAUUUUGGAAACCACCAGCACUCUGGGCUAUUGUUCAGACACUGGAGUGACACUUAUAAGCAAUGUUCUCUCUACUUUUUUUAACAGCUGCACAGACUAACCAUUGCUCUAAGCAGGAAAAUUUACAUGGCCUGAAAACUGUGUGAUUCUUUAAAUAGUUUCUUUUAUAAUAUUCAUACUAUGAAUAUUUAAAGUGAAAAUUGAAAAAUAGCAUACUUUUGAUUUUGCUUAUUAAUUGAAAUAACAAAGAACAUCUUUCACAUUUCGUAAACUUUUUCUAGCUGCAUCCAAUUCCAGCUGUGCGGCAACAAAGGCGAUGCACAGGGAGCGUUUUAGUUACCGCGCGGCUGUGCACCUGCACAGCUUAGAGGGAAUAGUGCUCAUAAGUCUCAACUUCAAUGUCUCCUGAUUGCAUUUGGGAUGAUGCCACCAGAGCGGCUGAAAAUGGAGACUCUAUUAGUGAACCUAGCAGCAAAAUACGAGGGAUCGCAUAGGUUUUCUGCGAAGAUUACUUCAUUCCUCUCCACCUUCAGUGGGAUGCAGCUUUCCCCCUAUCUUCACUACAUUAGGGUAUAAGCAGCAGUAUAAAAUGGAGAGGGGAAAUAGCUUAAUGUCCUUUUGUGUACAGUACUUGUGAUAUCACAGGUCAGUAUAUAUUCUCUGCAGUACUCUACAUGCAAGGACCACACUGAGUAGAUGUACUGGUGCAUAAAGUAAUUGAAAAUUGCUUGCUUUCAUGUGUGAAGGAAAAAAAACGCAGAAGCAUUUGUGACCCACGUUGGAUUUUAAUUUAACUGAGCUUCCAUGAGCAAAGAUUUGUGGUCUUUUCUGCCUUUUGGUUUACCCUCCACUGCACAGUUAAAAUAUUGGCUCGUAGCUUUUGUUGCAAAUUACUGAUACUUGUUGAAUCUAAACAAGAUGACUGGAUAGUCAGAUGCAAAAUUUACAUUAAAAGAGUAGUAUGAUUUUGGA